AGCCUCACUCACCCUGAUAUGGCACCAUACUCACUUUAGGACCCUCCCAUACAGCCUCCUCACCCAGCCCAACCUCAGACUAAUCCUGACACGUUUUCCUAUCCAGUUUCACUCCAGAUUCAUCGAUGAACAGCCUCCCUACCACCGGCCCCAAUUCACGUCAAUUUAUUAUUAAGAACACUUUUCCCUGCCAGGCGUUUGGAGGGGAAGGAGGGGACACAUGAAUGAGACAGAGCCACUACCCAAAAGGAAGUCACAGCCCAGUGGGGAGGCAGCUAUGCAAACAAGUAAUUACACAGAAGAAAUAACCAAGAGCGAAACAGAGGUGUAAGAGCUGUGCGGUGGUAGCUUCAGGCACAGUCAGCCUAACUGCAGUAGGAAGGCAUCUGUGGGGGAGAUGGAUCUAGGGUCGCGCCAGCGGUUCUAAACCAUUGAGUAGGGUCAGUUUAUCAGAAUCACCAGGGGGUUUUUUUCCCCCAGAUAUAUGUGGCUGCCGUCCCCAGAGCUCUGACUCGCCUAGGAGAGCGGAGUGAGUGGCAAAGCACGUGCACAUGUUUUGAAAAAACUCCAAACGAUUUUUGUCCCUUAGUCUCCCAGAACCAGCGGUCUACACUCCCUGGAGACUCCGGAACAUCUAGAGUCCGCCGGGAGCACCCAUAAGAAAAUGACCCGGAGGUCAGCAGCUGACGCAUUACUAUGGAUACCCCAGGGCGGGGGGACGCACUCUGCACACCCUCAAAACGUCACCCCACAGCCGACUCGGACGGCGGGAACAGGGCAGGGCCCGCCCGGAACUGGGGGCGGGAGACAGGCGACUCUCUGCAAUCACAGUUGCCGGAGGGGGGGCUAACAAGGUUUUCUCCAAUCACAGCUUGCAAUGAAAUUGAUGCUUCUUUCCACCAAUCAUCGCCGAGUCGCGAAGGGGUUGUCGGGAUGGGGGCCGGAGCCAACAUGGAGCCCUCAGUGGAGUGAGGGUGAAGCUGCUGUUGCCGGCUGCUCCUGUUCUCCCCCCACCAUGUUGGUGCACUUAUUUCGGGUCGGGAUUCGGGGUAGCCCCGUCCCAGGCAAGCCACUACUACCCCUCCGCUUCCAGACAUUCUCGGCUGUCAGGUCCCGCGAUGGCCGCCCCAGCUCCUGCCUCCUCGGGGCCGUGGCCCGGCUGCAGCCCCAGAUCCGGGCCUGCGUCCCUCGAGCCCCCCCAGCUGCCGGCCGCAGCCCCUGUGCCUGGCGCUGGGUUGGGGGAGUCCUCCUGGGCCCCGUGGUCCUGAGUAAGUGCCCCCGCCGCGGCCUUGUGGCACUCUGUGAGGCAGAAGCAGCCCCUCCGGCCCGCUCCGGACCCGGUGUCGUGGAGCCCCGCUUCAACUGGAAGCUCUUCUGGCAGUUUCUACGCCCCCAUCUGCUGGUCCUGGGCGCAGCCAUCGUGCUGGCACUGGGUGCAGCGCUGGUCACUGUGCAGAUCCCCCUGCUUCUGGGUCAGCUGGUGGAGAUCGUGGCCAAGUACACGAGGGACCACGUGGGCAGCUUCCUGACUGAGUCCCGGAACCUCAGCACCCACCUGCUCAUCCUUUACGGCCUCCAGGGCCUGCUGACCUUCGGGUACCUGGUGCUUCUGUCCCGCAUCGGCGAGCGCAUGGCCGCAGACAUGCGGAGGGCCCUCUUCAGCAACCUGCUCCGACAAGACAUUGCUUUCUUCGAUGCUAAAAAGACAGGGCAGCUGGUAAGCCGAUUGACGACUGACGUGCAGGAGUUUAAAUCAUCCUUCAAACUCAUCAUCUCCCAGGGGCUGCGAAGCUGCACGCAGGUGGCCGGCUGCCUGGUGUCCCUGUCCAUGCUCUCCACGCGCCUCACCCUGCUGCUGAUGGUGGCCACGCCGGCCCUGAUGGGCGCGGGCACCGUGAUGGGCUCAGCUCUCCGAAAGUUGUCUCGCCAGUGUCAGGAGCAGGUUGCCAGGGCAACGGGUGUGGCAGAUGAGGCCCUGGGCAACGUCCGGACCGUGCGAGCCUUCGCCAUGGAGCAGUGGGAAGAGGAACGCUAUGGAGCGGAGCUGGGGGGGUCCCGCUGUAAGGCAGAGGAGCUGGGCAGAGGCAUCGCCCUGUUCCAGGGGCUCUCCAGUAUCGCCUUCAACUGCAUGGUCUUGGGCACCCUGUUUAUUGGGGGCUCCCUCGUGGCCGGACAGCAGCUGACGGGGGGAGACCUCAUGUCCUUCCUGGUGGCCUCCCAGACAGUGCAGAGGUCCAUGGCCAACCUCUCUGUCCUGUUUGGUCAGGUGGUGCGGGGGCUCAGUGCAGGCACCCGGGUCUUCGAGUACAUGACCCUGAGCCCGUGCAUACCGCUGUCCGGGGGCCACUGCAUCCCCAAGGAGCACCUGCGCGGCGCCAUCACCUUUCACAACGUCUCCUUCAGUUACCCCUGCCGUCCCGGCUUCCAGGUGCUUAGAGACUUCACCCUCACGCUGCCCCCGGGCAAGAUCGUGGCCCUGGUGGGCCAGUCCGGGGGAGGAAAGACCACCGUGGCCUCCCUGCUUGAGCGCUUCUACGACCCCACGGCGGGCGUGGUGACGCUGGAUGGGCAGGACCUGCGCACCCUCGACCCCUCCUGGCUCCGGGGUCAGGUCAUCGGCUUCAUCAGCCAGGAGCCGGUCCUGUUCGGAACAACAAUCAUGGAGAACAUCCGUUUCGGGAAGCUGGGCGCCUCCGACGCAGAGGUUUACGCAGCUGCACGGGAAGCCAACGCACACGAGUUCAUCACCAGCUUCCCCGAGGGCUACAACACCGUCGUGGGCGAGCGGGGCGCAACCCUGUCUGGUGGCCAGAAGCAGCGCCUGGCCCUCGCCCGAGCCCUCGUCAAGCAGCCCUCGGUGCUGAUCCUGGAUGAGGCGACCAGCGCACUGGACUCGGAGUCUGAGAGGCUGGUGCAGGAGGCCCUGGACCGCGCCAGCGCUGGCCGCACCGUGCUGGUCAUCGCCCACCGGCUCAGCACCGUGCGUGGGGCCCACCAGAUCGUCGUCAUGGCCCACGGCCGCGUCUGCGAGGUCAGCUGGGGCCCGGGGAGCAGGUCGGGGGGCUGGCACGGCUUCAGCCACGGAUACCGUGGGGCGGGCGGCUCAGCUGAGCUGAGUGAGGGUCUGGCCUGGCCCUGGGGCCUCGGGCUCAUAGUCUGAAAGCAGCACCCAUGUGGAUUCAGGAGUUCCUGCUCUUAGAAAAGCCCUGGCCUCCCGGGGCCCCAGCUUCUUCCUCUGUCCUCUGGGGCGGGACAGUGAGUAGAGCUGCAGCGUGGCUCUCAGAAUCAAAGGGGAAAGUUCUCA